CAAAAUGUCCGGGGACAGCAGUGAUGAGUCUGACAGGGAGACUCGAAGGACAGUCUGCACUGUCAAACACGAAAUCACUAAUGCAAACCUUACGGGCUACACAGAGAAAGUUGGGAUGGAAAACUUUGAACUUCUUAAAGUUCUGGGCACAGGAGCAUAUGGGAAAGUGUUUUUGGUCAGGAAGACGAGCGGUCACGAUGAAGGGAAACUUUAUGCCAUGAAGGUGCUAAAGAAAGCUGCCAUCGUUCAGAAAGCGAAGACGGCCGAGCACACGCGGACGGAGAGACAGGUCCUGGAGCACAUCCGUCAGUCGCCUUUCCUCGUCACCCUGCACUACGCCUUCCAAACCCAAACCAAACUUCACCUCAUACUGGACUACGUGAGUGGAGGGGAGAUGUUUACUCACCUGUACCAGAGAGAUCAUUUCUCCGAGGAUGAGGUUCGGAUCUACGUGGGAGAGAUCGUUUUGGCCCUGGAACACCUGCACAAGCUGGGGAUCGUGUACAGGGAUAUUAAACUGGAGAAUGUUCUGCUGGACAGUGCUGGUCAUAUCGUGCUGACGGACUUUGGCCUCAGUAAAGAGUUCCUGGAUGAAGAGAAGGACAGGACCUAUUCAUUCUGUGGCACCAUUGAAUACAUGGCCCCAGAGAUCAUCAGAGGCAAAUCAGGCCAUGGAAAGUCGGUGGAUUGGUGGAGUUUGGGGAUUCUGAUGUUUGAGCUGCUGACUGGGGCAUCUCCCUUCACUCUGGAGGGGGAGAGAAACACUCAGAGUGAAGUGUCCAAGCGGAUUCUGCGCUGUGAGCCGCCAUUCCCCUCUCUGAUUGGUCCCGUGGCUCAGGACCUGCUGCGGAAACUUCUGGUGAAAGACCCUCAUAAGAGACUGGGCUCUGGACCCAACGGUGCCGAGGAUAUCAAGAACCAUCCUUUCUUCAAGGGCUUAAACUGGGUAGACUUGGCACAGAAGAAAAUUCCAGCCCCAUUCCGGCCGGAGUUACGGAAUGAGCUUGACGUUGGGAAUUUUGCCGAGGAAUUCACUGGCAUGGAUCCAGUUUAUUCCCCGGCCAGCACUCCUCCCAGUACUGACCGACUCUUUCAGGGCUACUCGUUCAUUGCUCCCUCCAUCUUGUUCAAUAAAAACGUGGUGAUGGGAGAUUUCUUGGAGGACCAGAUCAAAGUGGACCGGCCAGGUUCAGCUACGGUCCAACGCAGUGCUAUGUUAAAGGACUCUCAGUUCUUCCAGCAUUACGAGUUGAGCCUGCAGGAGGCGCCGUUGGGUGAGGGCAGUUUCUCUGUGUGUAGGAAAUGCAGACACAAACAGAGUGGACAGGACUACGCCGUUAAGAUCGUCAGCCGCAGGAUGGAAGCGAUGACACAGAGAGAGAUAGCAGCUCUUCGACAGUGUGAAAGUCAUCCCAACAUUGUCACACUGCAUGAGGUCUACACUGAUCAGUAUCAUACAUAUCUGGUGAUGGAGCUCUUGCGGGGUGGGGAGCUGUUGGAGAGGAUCAAGAAGAAGAAGUUGUUUGCUGAGUGGGAGGCCAGUCAGCUGAUGCAGAACCUGGUGUCUGCAGUCAGCUUCAUGCAUGAGUCUGGGGUGGUCCACAGAGACCUCAAACCGGAGAACGUGCUGUUUGCGGACGAGGCUGAUGACUCGGUGUUGAAGGUGAUAGAUUUUGGCUUUGCGCGGCUCUUUCCCGCGGGCAGUGCUCCUCUGCAGACACCCUGCUUCACUCUGCAGUACGCUGCCCCCGAACUCUUCCACAGCACAGGCUAUGACCAGGCCUGUGACCUCUGGAGCCUCGGGGUCAUCCUGUACACCAUGCUGUCAGGACAGGUGCCGUUCCAGAGUGAGAAAAAGGGGAUGACGUCAUCGCACGCCUCCGACAUCAUGCAGAAGAUCAAAGAGGGCGACUUCUCAUUGGACGGCGAGGCGUGGAGGGGCGUGUCUGACGAGGCCAAAGACCUUGUGAGAGGUCUGUUAACGGUGGAUCCUGAGAGACGCCUGAAGAUGUCUGAUCUGAAAGAGAACUCCUGGCUUCAGGGUGGGGGCACCAUGUCCUCCACCCCCCUCUGCACUCCGGAUGUGCUGGAGUCGUGCGGCCCCACCGUACGCACCUACGUCAACGCCACCUACAAGGCGUUCAACAGGGGGAAGAGAGAGGGCUUUUUCCUCAAGAGCGUAGACAACGCACCCUUGGCCAAACGCCGCAAGCUGAAAAUGACCAGCACCGGCGUGGAAACCAGGCGAAGUUCGUCCUCGUCCUCAUCUUCCUCGUCCUCUUCUUCGGCGUCUCAUCCCAAAACGCAGCCGCGCCAAACUGUGACCCCCAACAAUGACCCCAAGCUGUGACCUUUGACCUCUGAUCCUCCGGGGCAGGGUGAAACGGUGAGGUGAGGGGAAGGCUUAAGGGAAAAGCAUUAUCCGUUUCUUUUCUCAGAAAAAAAAAAAAAAAUGGAAUCAGCAGGCGGAAUGUCCUAGGUCGUGGUGGGAAUUUCCCAGUGCUAAAAGCAGGUUGGUGAUUGAACAAAUGCAUUGUGGGACAGAAAAAAAAAAGAGGCUUGAAUAGAAAUGAAAAUCUAGAAAUAUGAAACUAUGUCUUUUGCCUGGCACGAGAAAUGUGUUAUUUGGCUUUUUAAACAAAAACAAGGUUCUUACUUUUCAUUGUCU